GCCUUUAAUAUUUGUCGGCGCAGGGCUCUGAAUAGACGCCGAAAUUUUUUCUUCCAUCACAUUUCUCUUUUGCUAAAAUAAAAUAAGUUUACUCUGCUUGUGAAAAACACACAGUGAUUUAGGAAAAAACGAACAGUGAAAUACAAGUAUAAUACAUAUAUAAAACAGAUUUGCUUUUGAAUUGAAAUUAAAUUGUCAAACAAACAAAAUGGCUGACAUUUCUACGGAAGAGUUGAAAAAUGAAAUCCAUGCAGUCUUAAAGACAGCCGAUUUAUCGGUGGUCUCGGCCAAGAAGGUGCGUGAACAAGUGGAGAAAAAGUUGGACUGUUCGUUGCUCAGCCGCAAGAAGGAGUUUGACAAAAUUGUGAUGGAUUUCAUAAAUGAUCAGCAAGAAGACGAAGAAUCAGAAGAGGAUGACAAAGAUGAAGACGAAAGUGCUUCCGAAGAGGAGGCCAGCAGUGAGGAAGAAAAGAAGCCGGCAAAGAAACGUCCCCAACCUACACAACGCAAAGCAGCACCCCCCAAGAAGAAGCGUAAAUCUUUGACAGCUUCUGACUCCGGCUCCGAAUCAGAUGCCGGUUCGGAUUCAGACUUUGAAAUGCCCAAGAAAAAGGCGGCCGCCAAAAAGAAGAAGGCAGCCGGUGAGAAGCCAGCGGGAGGUCGUAAAUCAACCGGUUUUACCAGAUCCUACAAUUUGUCGCCGGAAUUAUCCGCCCUAAUGGGUGCUGAAGCUUUGCCCCGCCAUGAAGUGGUCAAGAAAGUCUGGGCCAUUAUUAAGGAACGCAACUUGUACGAUCCGAAAAACAAACAAUUUGCCAUUUGUGAUGAUGAACUUAUGAAAGUAAUGAAGGUUAAACGUUUUCGUACCUUUGGUAUGUUGAAACAUUUAAAGCCCCAUUUCUUGGAAUAAGCAAACGAGGAUCGAACUUGAAUACACCCCGCGGGCGUUUAAUGGUUAUUAAACAUUAUAUGGCCAUUUAGAUAUACUACUAAAGCAAACAAGAGUUUUAGUAAUUUUAAAAUUUAAAUUUUUUUAUAAUUUUAAUAUUUUUUUUAUAAUUUACCCCCUUUUUUCCUUUUGCAGUUAAUUGUGACAAAUUAAAUUUAUUGAAAAGAGAGAGAGAGCAAAAAAUGUAGUAAUUCUUAAAAGCGAAAGUAUAAAAUUAAAAUUAUUAAACUUUAUAAAAAUUAAUUAAUAAAGCAUUUCUAAAUGUAGUAUUUUAAGUUAUUUUCUAAAUAAUUAAGAAAUUGUAUUUUUUUGUUUGUUUGACUGCAUUUACGCCUUUUUAGUCGUAAAGGAAAACAUUUAACAAUUUAAGAAAGUAUCUUGAAGAAAAAACUCAGUGUAUCCGCAAUAAACUAAAAAUAAAAAUAAUUUCCAUUUAUAAUUAUUUUUCUUAAGUUCUUUUGAUAUUUUACAUUUAAGAGAAACAAUAAAAUUAAAAGAAAAACAAAAAAAUAAAA